UGGCUGACAGGAGGGGCGGGCGGCUCCAGCACUUCUGGCGCCCAGGCCGGUGGGUGCGCUUCUGGGGUUCGCGUCCGCGCCGGGCUGUCGAGCGGGAUCCCGGUGUGGCCAGCGGCGGCCGUGCUGGCGGGCGGUGUCAGCGGCGGGAUGUGUUCGGCCGGGGAGCUGCUGCGGGGCGGCGCCGGCAGCGGGGAGCGCGACGAGGACGGGGCGGCGCCGGCAGAGCCGGCGGAGGAGCGGGAGCCCCGGGCGAGCCCGCGGCGCAGGCGGCGGCAGGACGAGGGCGAGCAGGAUGUUGAAGAAUCACAAAACCACCCUGGCGAACCCAUUGGAGAUGACUACAAAAAGAUGGGAACACUUUUUGGUGAACUGAACAAAACCCUCCUCAGCAUGGGCUUCACAAGGAUGUAUUUUGGAGAGCGAAUUGUGGAACCAGUAGUGGUCAUUUUCUUUUGGCUCAUGCUAUGGUUCCUUGGCCUACAAGCCCUUGGACUAGUUGCUGUUCUUUGCCUUGUCAUUAUUUAUGUACAGCAGUAAAACACUGGACAUUUGGUAGCCAUGUAUGUGGUUGAUAGAGCUACAGACUUGGGCUUUUUGAAAGCCAAAGAGUUUGGCAUAUUUCAUAUUGUGUACUGACUGUUUUGUAAUUAAAGUUAUAAAUGAAUUUCUUUAAAAUGCAACUUUUUGUUAGUA